UGUUGUUCUGUGCAAUGACGUAGCAGGAACUGCUCCCGGGCCAACAGCUGACAUGUGUUGUGAGUGUUAUAAGUUAGUCAUUUAACAUUUAGCGUUAGCUUACUUAUUCGGGUCAGGCUGUGUUUGAGACGUAUUCAGUAUAUUUAAACUGUACGUGCAGGUCAAAGACAAAAUAAAAAGGCUUUUUAACGUACGUAGCGCUCACUUAACAAAGGUAAGUAUUCGCCUGCUAACAACUAACAUUAAGUUAUGUAACGUUCAAUAGAAAAACCAGUGGUCUAUGAACCUUCACAGCAAAAUAUAACCGCGUUACAACACGUGAAACAAUUUAUCCUGAACGGUGUAAAGUGAACGUUACUCACCUUGUUUUCCAUUCCUAUGCAGAGAGACAGUAGAGUUAACGUUACACCUUCCCUUUGAUUCUACUGCCAACUAGUUAACAUCCGAUUCCAACUACUAAUACCGCCCUGUAUCAGAGAAUAAAGCACCCUAUUCAUUAUGCAGUCUGUGCAGUGUGCACCCUCUAGCGACUAUUGAGAUAUGAAUGGUGCAAAUAAAAAAAAAAGAUGCGUGGUUUCAGGUCAUCCCAAUUAGCUGAUCUCAUAUAACCGAAAGACACAUUCAACUGAAGAUGCAGUUAGCUAUUAAAUGAGAUCAGCUGAUAGAGUGUAUUGGCUCAAACGAGCAUGCCUUUUCUUUCAUUGGCCAUGACUCUGGCAGUGCCUUCACUCCGAUCAGUGAGGCAGAGGAGCAGUUUUGCCUUUGCACUUCAUUGAUCUAAGUCAAGCUGUGGCUUGUGAGAUAAUCUCCGCUGCACUUGAGCUCACUUCCCUGAAUGCACAAUGAACAUCAGCUGCUUUCGUGGACACAUCGUCUCUUUCUAAGCUGUUAGCGCUGACUCUGCUGUUUCAGUUCUGCAUUCUCAUCAUUCGGGUUGACUGAUCAUCAUCAUCAUCAGAGACCGAAACAUGAACUGUGUGUGUUGUGUGAACUGGAGCUGAGGUCAGGUUGUUGUUCCCGCAGGUUGUUAGUUAAAAUGCUGUCCGUUCAUACUGCCUGGGCCUUGCUAAGCCUUGCACCCCUGUUGGUGCUUGGUGUUCCUCCCAUUUGGACCCAGCCUGAGCAAACGCACCUCUCUUAUCCAGGAGUGCCAGGUUCUAUGGUGGUGACCUGGACCACCUUCAAUGAGACAGAGAGCCAGGUGGAGUACGGUCUUCUGGGGGGUCGGCUCUUUGAGAUAAGCAGCAAAGGGCACGCGACGCUGUUUGUGGACUCAGGCGAGGAGAAGAGAAAGAUGUACAUCCACAGGGUCACUCUCACCGACCUCAAACCUGCUGCUACUUAUGUCUACCACUGUGGGAGUGAUGAGGGUUGGAGCGAUGUUUUCUCCUUCACCGCUCUGAACGACAGCACCAGCUUCAGUCCCAGAUUCGCUCUGUACGGUGACCUGGGCAAUGAGAACCCUCAGUCUCUGGCACGACUGCAAAAGGAGACGCAGCUCGGCAUGUACGACGCCAUCCUGCACAUCGGUGACUUUGCCUACGAUAUGCAUGAGGACAAUGCCAGGAUCGGAGAUGAGUUCAUGAGGCAGAUUCAGUCCAUCGCAGCCUACGUGCCCUACAUGACCUGUCCAGGCAACCACGAAUCUACAUAUAACUUCUCCAACUACAGGAAUCGCUUCAGCAUGCCAGGCCAGACUGAAAGCCUGUGGUACAGCUGGAACCUGGGGUCAGCACACAUCAUCUCCCUCUCCACUGAGGUUUAUUUCUAUCUCGAAUUCGGCCAGGAGCUGAUCUUCAAGCAGUACGAGUGGCUGAUGAAAGACCUCGAGGAGGCCAACAGGCCAGAGAACCGAGCAGUGCGUCCAUGGAUCAUCACCAUGGGACACAGACCCAUGUACUGCUCCGAUGACGACCAAGACGACUGUACUCGGUUUGACUCCUAUGUCCGACUGGGACGGAAUGACACCCAACCGCCAGCUCCAGGUCUAGAGGAUCUAUUUUACCGCUAUGGAGUGGAUGUGGAGUUGUGGGCACAUGAGCACACAUAUGAGAGGCUUUGGCCUGUCUACGGUGACAAGGUGCACAAUGGAAGCAAAGAGCAGCCUUAUGUGAACCCAAAAGCUCCAGUACACAUCAUCGCAGGCUCUGCUGGCUGCAGAGAGAAGACCGACAAGUUCAAUCCAAACCCCAAAGAGUGGAGCGCUCUCCGCAGCACGGACUACGGCUACACCCGCAUGCAAGUAGUCAAUGCCACCCACAUUUACUUGGAGCAGGUCUCCGAUGACCAGUAUGGGAAGGUGAUUGACAGCAUAUGGGUGGAGAAGGAAAAGCACGGCUUCUCUGCCUGGUUCUGAAGACGGCCAUGCACUUUAAACUUCAGACAAGCACAUUUUUUUGCUGCGUCACACCAAUCAUGCACUGAUGAAGGACGUUUUCAUUCCUAUUCAUUCAGCUUUUCAAAUUAAGAUUUAGUGAAUCCUUUUACGUUUUAUCCAUUUAGAAGACCACUUUAGUGCAAAUGUAUAUAAUGAAACAUGCGUUUGAAUAAUUUGUUUGAAUGGAUCUCUCAUUUUGUCCUGUCUUCAAAACCAUCAUCACUAUAGUGUAACUUUAGUUUUUUAGUUUGUCAUGGCCAGGUAGAUGUACUGUAGGUCCCUUCAUUGCUGCCUGAAUAAUCUAUUGACCGUAGACAUAAACAGCAUGAGUCUGGCAGACACCAGACCCCAUUCCCUUCAGAGCAUUUUCUUCAUUUCGAAACCUGGAAAUGCACUUACACAGAUCAAGUCUCCCUUCUAUCAGUCUAUGAAGAUUCUGCCGUGGAGAAUGCUAUCAGGAUAUUGGAACCUCAUUUUAUUGUCCAUCUGUGUGGCUGUCCAUGACCUGAGUCGAAAAAGACAGAAGUCUACGCCUACACAACAGGACUGUUAUGUAACUCAGGGAUGCUUGUGGCUUUGGGCACUUGCAAAGUGAGAGAAGGCGCUUUCCGCAAAGGACUGUUGCUCACGCCAUGACUCUCACCACUAUGUUGGUAUUAAUUCCUUAAAACAACAUGCUGCCUGUGAUGAUUAUUGGCGGACAACCAGGGCAGAUCUGCAUGCAUCUGUGUUUUGAGUUGUCAAGCUGUCUGUUAGCGCCAGAGAGCAAUCAUGUCUCUGCAUAAUUCUACAGUCUAUACAAAAUCAAUGAUUUGUUAACGCUACACACGUGAGUUAACACACAGCACGUUAUUUGGCAGACGUUUCUAUACAAAGCACAUGCAGGACUAUGAGAGGAUAUAUGUUAAUCACUCAUGAAAACACUGCAGGGAAAAUGCCCAAAUGAAGGACCAAAAACCCGCUCACACUUGAUCAUGAUGUGUCACAACAAGUUAGCCAUACAAAGCCCAGAGUUCUUGUAGAGAGUACAAAAGUAGUCGGGCAUCAGUGGCAUGUCUGUAAACCUAACUGAGGAUUUGUUGAACUUCUCUCUGGUGUCAAUACCGCGCAGCGCAGCUGGGGUCUGGCAGACGAAGGAGACACAAGCGCACAGUGAUCACACCUCACACUCACAUGCUCUUGGUGUGCCGACCCACUGCUAACUGCCACUCACACACAACCUUAUGAUUGUACAAGUAUCUCAGUAGAGAAGGCCCCGCACCACUGAGUUCCUGACCUUCGACCCGCUCAUGCUACACUCUGUAUGUUGAUGUCUCCCACUGAGUGGCCGACGCGAGAAAGAAGCAGCGCUAAGUGCAGACUGCAGAGACCAGCGGGGGGGACUGGGGAGGAGAGUAUGUGCUGCCAGACUGUAGCCUACAUUGAAUCAUUGUAAUUAUUUACAAUUGUUAGCGACCACAUUUAUAGUCUAAUAAAAGACGGUUGUUUUCCAUUUAA